GUCAUGGAAGUUGCUGCCCUCCUCGCCGCCGGUCUUCGUGACUGGAUCGAUUUCGGUGUCAUCGUCGCUAUCCUUUUGCUCAACGCCGCUGUUGGUUGGUACCAGGAGAAACAGGCCGCCGAUGUCGUCGCCAGCUUGAAGGGUGACAUCGCCAUGAAGGCCACUGCCAUCCGUGAGGGUCAGGAACAGGAUAUCAAGGCUCGUGAGCUCGUCCCCGGUGACAUCGUCGUCAUCGAGGAGGGUCAGUCCGUCCCCGCCGACGCCCGUCUGAUCUGCGACUACGACACCCCCGAAGACUUCGAGCGCUACAAGGAGCUGCGCGAGCAGCACCUGCUCGACCCCGAGGAGGACCCCGCCGGCUCUGAGGACAAGGAGGAUGACGAAGGUGAGGGUAUCGCCCACCAGGGCCACGCCAUCGUCGCCACCGACCAGUCUGCCAUCACCGGUGAAUCCCUCGCCGUCGACAAGUUCAUGGGUGACAUCGUCUACUACACCACCGGUUGCAAGCGCGGAAAGGCCUACGCCGUCGUCCAGACCUCCGCCAAGUUCUCCUUCGUCGGUCGCACUGCCACUCUCGUCCAGGGUGCCAAGGACCAGGGUCACUUCAAGGCCAUCAUGAACAGCAUCGGAACGGCGCUCCUCGUCCUCGUCAUGUUCUGGAUCCUCGUCGCCUGGAUCGGUGGUUUCUUCCGUAACCUCAAGAUCGCUACCCCCGAGGCCUCCGACAACACCCUCCUCAAGUACGCGUUGAUCCUGUUCAUCAUCGGUGUCCCCGUCGGUCUCCCGGUCGUCACCACCACCACCCUCGCCGUCGGUGCCGCCUACCUCGCCAAGCAGCAGGCCAUCGUCCAGAAGCUCACUGCCAUCGAGUCCCUCGCCGGUGUCGACGUCCUGUGCUCUGACAAGACCGGAACCCUCACUGCCAACCAGCUCUCUAUCCGUGAGCCCUACGUCGCUGAGGGUGAGGAUGUCAACUGGAUGAUGGCUUGCGCCGCCCUUGCCUCGUCCCACAACAUCAAGUCCCUCGACCCCAUCGACAAGGUCACCAUCUUGACCCUCAAGCGUUACCCCAAGGCCCGUGACAUCCUCAAGGAUGACUGGAAGACCGUCAAGUUCACUCCCUUCGACCCCGUCUCCAAGCGCAUCACCACCAUCUGCACCCUCCGCGGAGACACCUUCACCUGCGCCAAGGGUGCCCCCAAGGCCGUCCUCAACCUGACCGACUGCUCCAAGGAGACCGCCGACCUCUUCCGUGACAAGGCCUCCGAGUUCGCCCGCCGUGGUUUCCGAUCGCUCGGUGUCGCCUACAAGAAGAACGACGACCCGUGGGUUCUCCUCGGUAUGCUUUCCAUGUUCGACCCGCCGCGUGAGGAUACCGCCCAGACCAUCAUUGAGGCCCAGCAGCUCGGUGUCCCGGUUAAGAUGUUGACCGGUGACGCCAUCGCCAUCGCCAAGGAGACCUGCAAGAUGCUCGCCCUCGGUACCAAGGUCUACAACUCGCAGAAGCUCAUCCACGGUGGUCUCUCCGGCACUACCCAGCACGACCUCGUCGAGCGCGCCGACGGUUUCGCCGAAGUCUUCCCCGAGCACAAGUACCAGGUCGUCGAGAUGUUGCAACAGCGUGGUCACUUGACCGCCAUGACCGGUGACGGUGUCAACGACGCUCCUUCCCUCAAGAAGGCCGACUGUGGUAUCGCCGUCGAGGGUGCCUCCGAGGCCGCCCAGGCCGCCGCCGAUAUCGUCUUCCUCGCCCCUGGUCUCUCCACUAUCGUCUUUGCCAUCAAGACCGCCCGUCAGAUCUUCCAGCGCAUGAAGGCCUACAUCCAAUACCGUAUCGCCCUCUGCCUGCACUUGGAGAUCUACCUCGUCACCUCCAUGAUCAUCAUCAACGAGACCAUCAGCUCCAACCUGAUCGUCUUCAUCGCUCUUUUCGCCGAUUUGGCCACCGUCGCUAUCGCCUACGACAACGCUCACUCCGAGAUCCGCCCCGUCGAGUGGCAACUGCCCAAGAUCUGGAUCAUCUCCAUCAUCCUCGGUAUCGAACUCGCCGUCGCCACCUGGAUCAUCCGCGGUACCCUCUACCUCGAGAACGGCGGUAUCGUCCAGAACUUCGGUAACGUCCAGGAGAUCCUCUUCCUCGAAGUCGCCCUCACCGAGAACUGGCUCAUCUUCGUCACCCGUGGAGCCAAGACCCUCCCCUCCUGGCAGCUGGUCGGCGCCAUCUUCGGCGUCGACGUCCUCGCCACCCUCUUCUGCAUCUUCGGCUGGUUGAACCCCGACAUCUUCCAGGACCCCCUCCCCUCCCCGAUGUCGCAGUUCCAGCAGACCGCCAACGGCCACACCGACGUCGUCACCGUCGUCGUCCUCUGGCUCUACUCCAUCGGCGUCAUCAUCUUCAUCGCCAUCACCUACUACCUCCUCAACCAGAUCCCCGGCCUCGCCGACCUCGGCCGCAAGAACCGCAGCCUCCACGACACCCAGAUGGAGAACAUCAUCGGCCACCUCAGCAAGCUGGCCCUCAAGCACGAGAAGGACGUCGACGGCGAGAGCCGCUACGUCAUCGCCCAGAAGGCCACCGAAGAGGAGGAGGACGAUUAGAUGCUUGUCUGUCGUUGAUGUGGUUAUCGCCAUGAUUCAUGGAUAACGUGUGUUGUCGAUCGUUGUUGUUGUUGCUCGAUCUCUGUCUGUCGCUGUCUCACAGCCAUCUUCGUGGAUAAAACUUUAUUUUUCUCUCUCCCACUCUCACUGUCCCCCGAUCCUCUCUUUGUCUCUCCUAUUUUUAAUAUGCUCUCUCUCCCUCCCUCCGCUGUUGUCAUCGAUCGUCCCGCUCCGUGCAAGCCAUCAGUGGAGAGAG